AAGAGUGGGGGUAAAAACGAAACGAACCACGUCUCUGAUCUGUCUUGCUCCGAACCGUCAGAUAGGUGAAUAGGUGAUCGAGUUAUACAUGGUACGCUGCGAUAAUAUACAAGCGAAAAAUGGAUGCGCUUCGAGGUUAUGGAAGCAGCGACGACAAUAACAGUGAAGAUGAAAGCAUAGAAGUAAAGCCGGUAGUACCUGAAAUUAAAAGUGAAACAGACGAACCAAAAAGUGAUGAAGUUUCCACUGAAAGUCCACCCAAAUCCAUUGAAUUUUUGUCUACUUUGGCAUUGAAAAUAUGUGCGGCGCCAGAGGUGGUAGGAACGGGCACAGAAUUAUGUGUGCAACACAUUGACUCUACCACAAAAGAAUUGACCUUCAACCCAAAAUUUCACGAGCUCUUUGCUCCUGAAGUUGGUCCUGAAAAUCCAUUCAAGACAGAACAACAAAAAGCUCCAAAAAAUACGCUCUCCGGAUAUGUGGAAAAGGCACAUAUAAGUGAAUUUCAAUUCGAGAAUCAAAGGAGGACGUUUGCUAGUUACGGUUAUGCAUUGGAUCCAACUGUUGACGGAAGUGCGGAGGAAGGAAAAGUAUUAAUAGGAGCACUUGAAGCAGCUGAAGAAACUGGUGGAAAGACUGUUUUUGAAAAUACAGCUAUUCGACCUGCCGACAAAAGAAAAAGAAAUAGAAAUGAUGAUCCUACAGAUAUUACUGGAUUUUUAGGUCCUUGGGGAGGUUUCGUGGACGAAAAACGUGUAAUUAAGCCUAGCGACGAGGAAGCUGCAGAGUUAGAAGAAAUAUUAGCUAAAAGAAACAAAAGAGGAAAGCAAACAGAUGAUAAACCGCUUGAAGAGAAGACUGUUUUGCACAUCAAAGAUAGCGUUGACUACCAGGGAAGAUCUUUCCUUCAUGCUCCACAAGAUGUUGGAGUUAAUCUCAGAUCUGACUCACCACCUGAAAGAUGCUUCCUACCUAAAGCACAGAUUCAUACAUGGGAAGGACACACGAAAGGCAUUUCUCAAAUUAGGUGGUUCCCUGUUACUGCUCAUCUUUUAUUAUCAUGUAGUAUGGACUGCAGAGUUAAACUGUGGGAAGUAUACAAGGAAAGAAGAUGUAUUAGAACGUAUUAUGGUCAUCGUCAAGCGGUAAGAGACGUAAGUUUUGACAAUGACGGAAAAAAAUUCCUGUCGGCCGGCUAUGAUCGGUAUGUUAAGUUAUGGGACACUGAAACUGGCGCGUGUGUAUCGAGAUUUACUAGUCGUAAAGUACCCUACUGUGCGAAAUUUAAUCCAGAUCCAGAUAAGCAACAUCUCUUUGUUGCUGGUACAAGUGAUAAGAAAAUUAUUUGCUGGGACAUAAGAUCUGGAGAAAUAAUUCAAGAAUAUGACAGGCAUUUAGGAGCUGUAAAUACAAUUACGUUCGUCGAUGAAAAUCGACGAUUUGUGACGACGUCAGACGACAAGAGUUUGAGGGUGUGGGAGUGGGACAUUCCAGUGGACAUGAAGUAUAUCGCAGAUCCCACGAUGCACUCCAUGCCGGCGGUCACGCCAUCGCCUAAUCAAAAGUGGUUGGCUUGUCAAAGUAUGGACAACAAGAUUGUCAUAUUCUCUGCCUUAAAUAGAUUUAAAAUGAAUCGCAAAAAAACUUUUACUGGACAUAUGGUUGCCGGGUAUGCCUGUGGAAUUGACUUUUCUCCUGAUAUGAGUUAUCUGGUAUCGGGAGAUGCAGAUGGAAAAUGUUACGUGUGGGAUUGGAAGACGACUAAACUGUACAAAAAAUGGAAAGCCCACGAUAAUGUAUGUAUUUCUACGUUGUGGCAUCCGCAUGAACCAUCCCGACUUGCUACAGCAGGUUGGGAUGGAAAAAUCAAGUAUUGGGAUUAAUUCUGUACAUAAAUAAGUUCAUAGGUAAUAAAAUAAUAUUUUUAUUUUAACAAUAA